AUGAUGGAAGAUAUACAGCCUAUCUCAGCUGCUGAACAAGCGUCAUUCUGUGUGGAACUGAUGAAGCGCCUCAACAUUCAGCGAAAACAAGAUUAUUUGUGCGACAUUACUUUGGUGACGAACGACGACAGAGAGUUCAAAGCUCACAGAAAUGUUCUUUCCGCCGCAACUCCAUUCUUUUGCAAGCUUCUUGAGAGCGACAUGAAGGAGAAUCGAGAAGGGAUUGUUCGGUUCGAGGAGAUCUCAGGAACUGUUAUGGAAGAUGUUCUGGAAUUCAUCUACACUGGAACUGUGGAGGUGACUCAAGAAAAUGCUAAGGAACUGAUCGCCGCAGGGAAUUAUCUGAUGAUACCGAGCUUGAAAACUGUUUCAGGGCGAUUUCUGGAGGCAGAAAUGUCCAACUCCAACUGCAUUUCAACGUUUUACUUUGCUGAGAAAUACGAUUGUGACGAGCUUAUGAACAACAGCAGGAGAUUCGUCCUCGAGAACUUUCGUUUCGUGGCAGCAUUGGACGAAUUCCUUAAUUUGGAAGCCAAAGAAGCGGAGAAAUGGCUUUCAAGUGACGAUAUUUCCGUUGAAACGGAAGCCGAUGUUUUUAAGAUCGUACUCGAGUGGAUUGAACACAGCAAGAGCGAGCGAAAAGCAUUUUUCGAAAAGUUGUUUCGCCACGUCAGACUGGUUUUGAUGUCGCGUGACUACUUAAUAGAUGUCGUGACAAAUGAACUUGUGCAAGAGAGCUUUGCUUGUUUAAGGUUGACGUCUACGGCUUUAAAAAUGUCUAGUUUCUCAAGUGAAGGAGAUGUACUCCAAACGCCGAGAAAAGGAGUCGAACUACACGGCAUUGUAGCGUGUGGGGGUUAUGAAAAUUUCUGUUAUUUUCCCGAAAAGGACAAGUGGAAACGACUACCAGGUGGGAGGUCGACAGGCCACACCCAAAUGACAAGAUACCGAGAUAACUUGUUUAGAUUUUCUAGAGAUGGCAGCGUAGAGAGGUAUGAUCCAGUUUUUAAUGUCUGGUCUGAGUUGGAAUUGCGUGAAAACGUUUCCAGGGUGGCUAUAGUUAAAGGAGAAAUGUAUGCACUCGAGCUUAACACUUCUGAGCAACAAACCAUUGUCAAAAUUUACAAUGUAGAGCAUUGCACAUGGGAGACACUUCAUUCGUCCAGUGAAGCUUGUAGAGAGCAAAUGUGUGUUGUUUCUUCCGGCACUUAUCUUUAUGUUUUUGGUGGAAAGCCGCCAGAAACUAGAGAAUAUGUCGCGAAAGCCGAGAGAUUUGAUACUGUGAUUAAGAAAUGGGAGGAAAUCGCGGACAUGCUCGAAGAAAGGGGUGACGCUUUUGGUGAAGCCACCAAAGAGAAAAUCUUCGUCGCUGGAGGAAAGCAUAGGGAAGGAAACUCAGUGUUGCAAACUUGUGAGAUUUACAAUAUCUUAACAAAUGAAUGGCAACUCACUGGAAGCUUGAAUGUUUCUCGCAUGCGUGGUAGCAUGAUGUGUCUGAAGGGGAAGCUUUACGUGUUAGGUGGAGAAAGAGAGGAAAACCAUCGUGAACUGAAGGUUGAGUGCUUUAAUUCUGAAGAGGGAAAAUGGAUCCAUAAAACAACUAUACCCAGCAGCUCUAGCAGGCAUAACAAUGGGAGGAUUUUUAAUGGCUGUGUACUUAAACUCUCCAAAGGAGUACUGGACAAACUUAAAGAAAUAUAA